AUCAGGAACACACAAAAUGACACUACUCCUAGUCUUGCUUUUAUCCCUAGGAGCUACUCUAGCUCAGAAUACUACAGAAUGUGAUGGACUGAAAGCGAAUUUUGAUCUCAAGAAAGUCAUAGGCGCCUGGUACGUAGUAGCUAUAAUACCAGGCAAGCAGUUUCCAGAGAGACAGAAGGAGGUGACAUGCUUUAAAAUGGAGCUGAGUGAAACUGAUGAGGCCGGACUUCGUUGGCUCAUGAACAAAGAACUAGGGCUCCAUGAGUCGAGUAUGGACGGUACCGUCAUCCGCCAGCGGUACCAUUCGGAGCAUCCGUUUGACAUCUGGUCCCGGUCUACCGGCAACGGGUGUUUCAGACAAGUCCUGUCAUUGGACACCAAUCAUACGCAGAUAGGUGAGGCUCUCUCCCACAACGCGACCAUGCAACUCCAUCUCAUAGAGACGAAGGAAGAUGGCGUGUUUCUGAUCCAGAUACUGUGGGGGAAGAUGGUCUCUGCUGUCAUAUACCGACCGCAGAUGGAGGUCACACAGGACCAGCUCAAGCCAGCAUACAACUUUAUGACGGGGCUUCGCGGGACGCAACGACUUCCGAUAAUAUGUGACAACACCUUGAGAAGCAUUCUACAUGUCAACUAAGAUUUCUCAGUCUUGUCACAUCUAGAAGACAGUAAAAGGCCUUCUAGAAGGUGAACCUUGAAGGUGACCUUGGUCGGGUGGUUGGUCCCGACCGUCUAGAAGGCCUUUAGUUAGUAGUUCAUAUUUAAAUCAGUCAUCAAAAUUGUUA